UCGUGCGGCGUUCUGCUGAAGGGAUGUGGGCAACGACGGAUUCAUGAACAACAGACUCAGAUGCUGAUGAGAGAAGCUCGGCUACACGGGGGACGAAUGGUGUCAGAGAAUGCCACGGCAGGAAAGGAGUUUCAAUUCAUUAACUCUGGGGAAAGGCAUCUUUGUCUUAGUGACUAGGUUCUUUGUUUUUGAUUUGAAGUCAUAACUGCAGCUAAUGCUGCAGAACCUGACGUUACAAUGCCAGCGGGGCUGAAUGCGCAAGGCAGCGGUAUACCAGUCUCAGAUGCGAUGGGAUCAUUUAAGAGGAGGAAAAGAAAGUCCAUCAUAGUAACAGUGAUGCUCCUUAUCGUCUCCAUACUCAUCCUGGUCUUUGGUCUGGCCGCUACUACCAGGACGCAGAACAUCACUGUCGGUGGCUACUAUCCAGGAGUCAUUCUCGGCUUCGGGUCCUUUCUGGGAAUCAUUGGCGCCCAUUUGAUAGAGAAUAAGAGGCAGAUGCUGGUGGCCUCCAUUGUCUUCAUCAGCUUCGGUGUGGUGGCAGCCUUCUGUUGUGCUAUAGUGGAUGGUAUUUUUGCUGCAAGACAUAUAGACCUCAGACCACUAUAUGCUGGCCGAUGUGAAUAUUACUCCAGCAGGAGCGCGUUUGAUUCAGAUGUCCACUGUCAAACUGCAUCUCGGGUCUCCUGUAACCUGCGCGUGAAGAGCAACACCUGCUACUGCUGUGACCUUUACAACUGUGGCAAGUAUGUGUGUGAGGGAGUCCCAUUUGGAUACAUCCCUCCUAGGAUACCCUCUGCAAACAGGCAAUCUGAGAGAGAAAAAAACAACAACUAUGCUAUCUUUGUUUUACCUUGGUUAAGUUCUGGUUUAUAUUUGCUUGUAUGCUGUGUGCUUCUAUCCCUGAAAUUCAGCUCUGUUCGAAAGAACGUUUGUGUUUAUUUAUGUUUCAGAGAGCAUCCUCUUAUGGGACUACAGAAUAAAGAUGUUUUGAAAAAAUUUAGGAAAUCCUCCAUGAUUUGGAAUCGAGUGGAACUGCGAGGAGGGUACCAUGAGUACACAGAGGUGCGGAGCUGCCAGGACGUUGUGCAUCUUUACCACCUGCUGUGGUCUGCCACUAUCCUUAACAUUGUUGCUCUGUUUCUGGGCAUCAUCACCGCCGCAGUGCUGGGGGGCUUCAAGGACAUGAUGCCUUCAGCAGCACCAGAUUCCUGUGAGCCAGAACCGCUCCCUAUUCCUCCGCCCCAAGAGACUCCUCGACCCACAACAUCUAACAACGCUUUUUACAACACUGCCCCCUGCUUACCUCCAUACACUGCCUAUGACCUCCAGGGUGCCAGCAUGUUUCCUGACUCUUCAGGCCUGUCUGAUGACUCCCAGUCUGGAGCCAGUCUCAUGUGGCCAAAUAUGGUCCCACCAUGUUAUUCUCCUCCUUAUUACCCACCCGAUGAGAAGCCCCCGCCAUACAGCCCCUAAGGGACCAGUCUGAGGAAGACAUUUUCCUAUCAAGAGAGAACUGGCUUUUGGCAUUUUUGUAUAUUAGUGUACCACAUCAGUGAACAAUUGUCGUUCUGAAUGAACAACCUUCAUUCAGAGGAGACACUACAGCAUUACCCACAGUCAUUCAUCACCAUUCAGCAGAUGUAAUAUGCAACAUCAAGCCUUGACAGGAUUCUCUCAAGUCAAUCCCGAUGUCUAAAAUAUUCACAUUAUUUCGCCUCAAUCCAAGAGGACUAUUCCUAAUAACAACUAACCUGACUGUGAGAUCAAGACUGGUCACAGAAAAGCCUUAAAAUGUGUGUCCGCUUCCAGUUCAGCUCCACCUGGCUCACAUCCUCUUCCUGUUAUAGGUCUCCCACUUGAGAUUCCUCUGCAUAAAUCCUCUGUAUAAUGUGAACUUCUUCCUUCCAAAGUCGCCUCUGCUCUCUCUGCAUGAGGAUGAGUCUCUUAUCUAGCAAUUGAUUUGCACUUUAUUGUCUUCAGAAUUUACUGUAUCCACACGGUUCUUGAUAAUUACUUGAGUUCUUUUUAACUGUUUCGGGCAGCUAGAUUGCAAAGAACUGUACAUAUAUCUAGGCUGAUUCUUACUUUUUGUGCUUCAUUAGGAUCUACGAUCUAACCUGUAAUAUUAGAUGUUUUUUCUGCAUUACGUCAAGCACACAAUCAAGUCACAAAUUUGAAUAAUCUUUUGUGGCAAUAAUAUCCUUUGCUUGAUUUAUGCAAAGUAAUAAGCUCGUACAUAGUGGUAUGAAGAAUGAGAGGACUUUAAAAACAUAUACACCUCACAUUCGUAUGCCGUUCAGUUGCGGUUGUUUCUGUCUAAACAUGACAGUACUUAAAUAAUGUAAAAAGGAGGCUUAGCUUUAUAAGUAACCAUUGUAUAAACUUACAGAAGUUUAAACACUUAAUUGUUCACUAGGUAAUAACAAGGAUGUCCCUCCACAUUGCAAAUGUAUCUGUGUGUGCGCAAUGCUCUAUAUGUUGUACAUAUACUGAACAAUCAAACUGCCUUUUCUUGAGAUUUAAGACCAUAGUGUUCUCCUUUUCAUCUGCUUGCGUGCUUACUGUGAAUGUCAAGUCUAUAAGCUGUACUUCAGAACAUUGUCCUUUACUGAUGUGAGUAGAGAUAUUAAUACAAUGAUUUUAUUACUUCCUGGUUGACAUUUGGUUGCAACUGGUGGUUGUAUAACAGUCACAUGCUAUAAAGAAAACUUGUAAAUUGGA